AUGCAUACAAAUACUUUAGAAGAAAAGUCGUCGAGUUUAAAAAGAAAUGUGCCCUACAGAAAUAGAACAGCUUCAUUAGUAAGAAUAGAUCUCCUUAGGUAUAUGCUUUGGAGAAAUCAACCAACAACAAUGUUAAAGAAUUUACUAUAUAUUUCUUUUUUUUUACGAAUAUGA